CUUGUGUUUCCACUCUUAUUACUUACCGAGUUAUUGUCCAAAGUGCUAAGUUAUACCAACUUGCUUACUACUAAAAAAGAUGAACAAUGAAGUUCAUUCUUUACAUGUAUUCUUCAUCCCUUUCCUUGCUUAUGGCCAUUUAAUUCCCACCGUUGACAUGGCCAAAUUAUUUGCUGAAAAGGGUGUGAAGGCCACUAUCAUCACCACACCCCUCAACGAACCUUUCAUCAUCAAAACCAUAGGAAAACCCAAAACCAGCAGCACCAUGAUUCAUGUCCAAACAAUCGAGCUCCCAUGUGCCGAGGCUGGUCUACCUAAAGGGUGUGAAAACACUAACUCCAUCACUUCCGGGGCCUUAUUUCCUGCAUUCUUGAGGGCUUGUGGGUUACUUCAAGACCAGUUUGAGCAACUGUUGCUUGAGCAGCGUCCUAAUUGUGUCGUUGCUGAUGUUAUGUUCCCAUGGGCAAUUAAUUCAGCAGCCAAAUUUGGAAUUCCCAGCCUUGUGUACGACGGGACUAGCUUCUUCUCUAUAUGUGCUAACGAGUGCAUGGGACUCUACGAGCCCUACAAGAAUGUUUCUUCAGAUUCUGAACCCUUUCUCAUUCCCAACCUUCCCGGCGAGAUUACAAUGACAAGAAUGCAGGUGUCACCUCAUGUCCUCAGCGAUGAAAGCCCAGGCGUGACAAAGUUGUUGGAGGAAGUAAGAGAAUCAGAGUUGAAAAGCUAUGGAAUGGUUGUUAAUAGCUUUUAUGAGCUGGAGAAGGAUUAUGCAGAUCACUUAAGGAAGGUUCUUGGAAGAAAAGCAUGGCACAUAGGCCCAAUGUUUCUUUCCAACAGGGUUAAAGAAGAACAAGCACAUAGAGGAGAAGAGCAUGAGUGUCUACAAUGGCUUGACACAAAGAAACCUAACUCAGUUGUUUAUGUAUGCUUUGGAACUACCACAAAGAUGACAACUUCUCAACUUAAGGACAUUGCUACGGGUCUUGAGGCUUCAGGGGAAAAAUUCAUU